CAUGUUCCCCGCUUCAAGCAGUUGCUAUUGCCUUGGUUUACUGAUAACUCGAUACCAACCCAGCGGCAUGUUGCAUGCAUUAAUGUGUACCUAGAAAACAACAUUGAUCCUAGGCGUGAUGUUCCCAGAACUGAGGUGAACUGAAAUGGAAAUGUUGCAGCGACACAAGUAAAGCGAAUGGUGCAUGUCGGAAACAUAUAUCAUCAAAGAACUUCGAUAGAAGGAAAGUCUGUUCCAAGUCAAUGCAAAAUUAUUAAAAUCAUGACUACAAAAGAAGCUUGGGGCUCAUGAAUGAAUAGUUGAAGCCGUCAAUUAUAAACAUUGCAAGUGUUUAAUGGUGCCGGAUAGCCUCUUUAAGACUAACAUCAUGGUCUCCAAGUACAGAGGAUACUUGCUAAUUCUUACGCUGAUACAAGCUGUUAUAACACUCAUCUUAAUUCAGUUUGCUGUAAAAUAUUUUAGUUCCACUGUCGACUUGGUGGAUGGAAUACAUACACGAUCAUGGUUUGAAGAACUGACCCGUCCUCGUCGCUCGUAUUCUACAAACAAAUACAAAACCUCAAGACAAUCAGCCGACCCAAAUUUCAAAAUUGUUAGCCAAAAUCGUGAUCUCUGUACAUCAAGUGCAAGGGUUCACGCACUGUUUGUCGUCCACACGGCGCCUUCAAACCGGAAGAGGCGAGAUGUGAUCAGAGAUAUGUUGACAAAUGACGUCAUCAACAGGAAGUACACCAUACGGAUCCUGUUUCUGAUUGGAUGGCCGGUGACAUUUGUGAGACGCACUCAAGGCGACAUCAGAGAAGAGACAAAGCAACAUGGGGAUAUUCUCCAGGGCAGGUUCCUCGACACUUACAGAAACCUUACCUACAAAGCUGUGUUCGGCUUCAAAUGGAUCAGUCGACAUUGUAAAAAUGUGACCUACGUCAUCAAAAUGGACGAUGACGUGUAUGUAGACAUGCACAACUUCUUCUACACAUUAUAUCCAAAAUUUGAAGAACGACAUGCUGUUGUAUGUAUCGGUAAAAGUUGCACAAGUGUUGAGAGACAAGGACAAUGGAUGUUGGAUGAAUAUACUUACAGACACUACUCAUGCUACCCCGUAAAAUACUGCAAUGGUUAUGCAGUUGUAUUUAAAGGUGAUAUGGUACCGAUCUUAUACAAGGCUUCUUUAAUGGCACCCUUCUUCUGGAUCGACGAUAUUUUUAUAUAUGGAACUUCGCGUAGCUUUCUACGCUAUGUUCCCAUAACAUACGUUCCAACUAGCAUGUAUUUCCAAACAAACGGCUCCAAGACUUUAGGGUGUUUUAAAUAUACCAAACCCUGUGAUAUCAUAUUCAGCACAAAUAUCGAUGAUUUUUUGGAGCUUGAACGGUUUCGGCGUAACUUUCUUAAAAAUCAGACAAAGAAUCUCUUGUGAUCAUAAUAUGCCAUACCUUUUGAUACAUGUUAGUAAUAAUUCUAUUAAUAAUUUUAUUUAAUUAAAGUAAGCAUAUGUUCACUCGCACUAAAAGCGUUAAAUCUAUUCAUAAUUUCGGCUACAGGUAUGUCAGGUCAUGCCGCAUGAUAUAACUGGGAUAUUGGUGACUGCGGCGCUCGACAACAUUCACUCAUUCACUGGCAUUAUCGAAGAGGUAGUGCCUCGUAAUGCUGAAUAGUAACCGUUGCUGCGGGGCUGUAAUAGGGGAGAGCUACUAGUCUAAAGAACACGUGACGUUUUGCUUUUAAAUUAUGGAAAAUAAUAAUUUAAGUCCUCGUUUUCACAUCUUCAGAAUCUCAGAAACUGAUAUUUUGCUGUUAAUGUAGCAUUGCAAUGAGUUUAGAUUUUAGUAUUCCAUUUAGAUUGAACUUCCUAUUCUUAAUAUUGAAGAGAAAGUCAAUUCAUUUAGGAAUGCCACCUGUGAUUUUGCUGCCUGUAAAUAUUACUUUCAACUUUGUCUAUUACAUCCCAGAAACUCUACACUGCAUGAAAUAGCACAUUUCCAUGAGUGCCCUCAUGAUUGGAAUAAGGUGUGGAUUUUUUUUAUCUUAUGCCCAUAGGCGACAUUUCCUGAGGAAAAUGAUAUUAGCAUGAGAAACUAUGUCUUUAUAUGCCAAGUGUUAGGAAUGUAUGCUCAUAAAAUGAUUUAACUCAGUGAAUUCUAAGCGAUGCUUAAGUGUAACGGAAUGAGAAAAUUAUAAGUGGUCAGUUUUAUACAGGUUUGAAAUUAUUAUAUAUGUUUUCCCUCAGUUAAGUAAGUGAAAUAUAUCUAUUUAAGUAUUGAGAGUGCUCCCAAUACAAAUUAUAACAGCAGCUGGGCUAUCAUUACCAUGGCCAGCAGCACAGGGUCAUGUGCGGGUCAGCGGCUUGUGAUUAACGCUUGAGAAUGGCCGGUUGGCCACUGAAGCUUAAUAUUGUGGAUGAGGUGCGAAUUACUGCAGGCUGACCAUAUAUGUAACGUUAAACGAUACAUGGCAGUCUGACAGGGAGGGUUAAAGAUAGUCGAGACUUUGACCCUGGGACAGCGGCUAGACAGGUUGGCCCUCUUCCACCUCCGAGAGGCUAACUGCAUGGAUACGAUGUAGCAGCAUACUAUCAUAGAAUAAACUUUGUGGACCAACAGACGGACUUGUGUUGUCAAAAGCAGAAGUAUCCGGUAGAGCACCAACGUCUACCUCGGAUAUAUGUUUAUUUCAUAUUGUACCGCAAGUUGUCACCCACUUCAGUGUUUUAUAAGUAGUCUUUCUGCUGUUGGAACAUCUAAAAGAUGUGCAGCUAAAUGAUUUUUUUACCCGUAAGAAUCUACGUUUCUAUUUCCUUUAAACAUUCACAAACUGAACACUUCCGUUUGAGCUUAACACCUGAACAAAAUAAGUUAAAAAUAAAAGAACGUUUGUUAUAUUGAUUGCCUUUAUCCAAUUUCUUACAAUUUGUUCAGGUGUAUUCAUGUCGCUUAUAACCUGGUAUCAUUAGUGGGCCAAAACAUUUUUUA